UGUAUCCAGCGGAACCUAAUGGGCUAGCUUCGGGAAGGAGGAGGACCGGUAGUAGCCGACCGUAUUGGACUUGUAGUGGACCGGUUUGGAUGAUGGCUGCCAAAGAGGACCUUUACAGUAAAAUCCUCCCGCGGAGGCUCCGGCAGAACCGUCCUGGCUCAGUGAAAUGUGGCUCCAACCUGGACGUGCUGUUGUCAAUGGGCUUCCCCAGACCAAGGGCACUGAAAGCACUGGUGUCUACAGGAGGUCGAAAUGUGCAAGCAGCAUGUGACUGGCUUUUCUCGCAUGUUGACGACCCGUUUCUGGAUGACCCCCUGCCCAGAGAGUUUGUCCUGUACCUGCGCCCUAGUGGACCCCUACAGAACCAGCUCUCACACUUUUGGCAACAGAGCAGAGUCACAUGUGGGAAAAACAAAGCACACAACAUUUUCCCUCACAUCACCCUCUGCCAGUUCUUCAUGUGUGCAGAUCACAAAGUCGAGGCUCUCUGCGAGACCCUCCUGGCCACUGUCCAGCAGUGGAGGGGUCGAUUUCCCAGCCCACUCCCCUUAGAACUGUACACAUCCUCCAACUUCAUCGGCCUGUUUGUGGGGGAGCAAGUGGCCGACGUUCUCAAGCAGUUUGCAGCCGACUUCGCCACAGAAGCUGCCAGGAAAGCAGAAGUCCAUGUCGAGCCUCAUAAGAAGCAGCUUCAUGUAACUCUUGCCUACAACUUCCCCACUGAUCACCUCCCAUCACUGGAGAAACUGGCAAAGGGCAUCGAAGUCAAGCUUGGCUGUGAUUGGCUGGCUGUCCUGUUCUCACGGGACAUUCGCUUUGCUAACCAUGAGACGUUGCGGGUAAUGUACCCCUACAUGCCGCAGAAUGAGGACGAGCUGGAGCUAGUUCCUGGGGACUUUGUCUUCAUGUCUCCGGUGGACCAGAGUAGUACGAGUGAGGGCUGGGUGUACGGGACCUCUUUGGCCACAGGGCUGUCUGGUCUGCUGCCUGAGAACUACGUCAGCCUGGCCGAUGAGUCUGACACCUGGGUAUUCCACGGGUCCCACUCAUUCUUCAGCUGUGGGCCCUCAGAUAAAUCCAGUAAGGACAGAGGGAUGUUUGAUGGGCUGCUGGACAGUCGACGCCCUGAAAAUACAAGUCCUGGUGACACACCCACCCUCAGUCUCAUCUGUCAUCCAAUGCAGCAGGUAAUGCGGAUCAGUGGCAGUCUGUCUCGGCAGCCCAAACGGACACUCUUCAUCUGUCGGCAUGGGGAGAGGAUGGACGUGGUGUUUGGCAAGCACUGGCUGUCCCUCUGCUCAGACAGUAAAGGCAGAUACGUUCGCUCUAACUUGAACAUGCCUCCCAGUUUGCCACUGUGGGGAGGUCAGAGAGAUUACGACAUGGACGCACCAAUCACUGUGUUUGGAUCCACUCAGGCCCGAAUAGUGGGUGAGGCCUUGUUGGAGAGUAAUACAGUGAUAGACUUUGUGUACUGUUCUCCAUCACUGCGAUGUGUUCAGACUGCACAAAACAUCCUGAAAGGUUUACAGCAGGAAGGUAAGCUGAAGGUGCGCGUUGAACCAGGGCUCUUUGAAUGGACCAAGUGGGUUUCUGGAAAUUCCCUGCCUGCGUGGAUACCCCCCACUGACCUGGCUGCAGCCCACUUCAGUGUGGACACAAUGUACAGACCUCUGAUUCCAGUUAGCAAGCUCACUGUGUCUGAGUCCUAUGAGAACUACAUGAGCCGAAGCUACCAAGUGACCAAAGACAUCCUGUCCAACUGCAAAAACACUGGAAACAACGUACUAAUUGUAGCCCACGCCUCUUCCUUAGAGGCCUGCACACGACAGCUGCAAGGACGCGGCCCGCAGAGCACCAAGGACUUCAUCCAAGUGGUCCGAAAGGUCUGUUCAAUGCACAUCUUAUCUGAUUUAAACCAUAUGAAAAACUGGACUCAUACACUAGAGAUUUAUAUGGAAGACAGACCAAUCCAGAAACAUGUAUUUAUAUUUGAAGAUGUUUUUUUUUCAUCCUCUGUGUUAUUUGACAGGGACACAUUUACCUCUGUUGUCCUUGAAUUCUCACAAGUAGUGACAUAAUGUUUGCAACAGCUCUUGUGUUGUUUUAUCAAUGGUAACUUGAGUUUGAGCGUUUUUGUGACUUGAGUCAUUAAAAUAAAGAGCAAAGAAAAGAAAAUUAACCACAUGAUACAUCAGUCACUCUUAUUAUCAACAUUGUGAAUAACAGCUUGUGAAUAACAGCUGUAUCUGUACCAAACUGUGCGGAAUACAGUCAGAUGCAUGAGCAUGUGUAGGUUUAUGAGUCUCUGCAUCUCUCAGGACAAUGCAGGGAACGAUAACAAGCUAAAGAAAGUGGCUUAUUUUGUUUUGGGAAAAGACGUGUUUUCUCUAAUUGGACUUAUGGGCCAGAAGUGCUGCAUCUUCACCAACUUGCAUGUUGCUUUCAUUAAGACUUCCACAUCAAUACAAUUGAUUAAAAACAGCAGCUGUUUGCCCACAUUUAUUAUUUAAUAAAAUAAGAUGCUCGCUGAAGGUAUUAAGAAGCCUCAGUGUUGUCUGAUGUAAAAACUUUUACACACAGUAAAGGCAUAUUUAUGUACAUUAUGUGUUAAUUUGACUGUAUAUUUUCAACAAGGGCUGUACAUUAUCUGUAGAUUCAUAUUCAAUAAAAACAACCCUCCAUCAUCAUUGUCAAAUAAUUUAACAGUACAGUGGUACCUUGACUUACGAGUUUCUUUCGUUCCGUGACUGAGCUCGUAAGUCAGUUUGCUCGUAUAUGAAAUCAAUUUUCCCCAUUGAAAUGAAUGGAAAUGCCAGUAAUCCUUUCCAGCCCCCCAAAAAACACCCACAUUUUGCACCUAACUUACAGCUAACUUAUACCAAUGAAAGCUCAGGGUGUUGUCCAUGUCGUAGCCAAUUACAACAAAAAUCUUAGGGGACUGCAAGUAUUUUGGUGCUGGAUCCUGCAUCUCUCUGCUCACCACAGCAUCUUAAGGAAUACUGAAGGGUUCCUACUAUCAACUCCAUUUUUAAAUAGCCUUCCAGGCAGCUCCGGAGCUGCAUGUGGCUCUUUCAUUCCUCUGCUGCGGCUCCCUGUGGCUUUGGAAAAUUAAUGAGUAUUGAAUUUAAAUGUAUUUUAUUUUAGUUCAGUUACUUUUCUAA